ACUGAUAUUUAACACUAAAAAGACAGCGUAGGCCAUACAGAAACUAUUACAGCUCGUUUUACAAGUAACGCUACUGGGAAAUGUGCAUAGUUUUCAAACAGCGUAGCGGACCUUGAAACUUACGUUGUGCUGUUUUUUACGGAUAUCUUUUCUGAUAGGCUCUCUGGUUAAAGUCAGCCAUGAUGGCGACCAUGUAAAGCGAGCAGCUGUGCACGCCCCAACACGAUGAGGUGAGUUUGGAGUUGAGAUAAAAUAAAAACAGUACUUUUACUGUGCUUAACGCAAAGACAGAGCUAUCGUGUUUGCAGCUUAGUAUGGUGAAGGUAUGGCGACGUGUGCAGGUCUACUGGCGGACAUAAUACUGGCCCAAGAAUACAGUUGGUCAAUUAUAAAAUCAGGGUUUCAGCUUGUGGGUAAACUCUUAUUUAUUUGUAUUCACAUGACAACAUAAUUCAGUAUUUGCAGCGGUGCAGGCGGGACUGGACCCUUCGAGGGGGGACUGCGAUGAACAACCUUUAAAUGCAGUGUUGUUAUCCUGAGAAAUUAGCAAGAGUAUCCAACCGAAAAACUCAGUGUUCCCAACUUUUUUUCUCUCCCAUGAAAGCAGCACGAGCUCCAAAAGUUGCAAGCGCAAUGAGUGCACGAGCAAAACAAGUUGUCACAGGGGCAGCCUAUCGAUACAGUCAUAAUGAAUGAAACUAAUACACGGGCUUAUUAUACAGUCAUGUGUCCCCGAGACGGCCGCUUCUCCGGCUGUUGUGCAGGUGAAUGCCGCCCGAGUGGAGAUUAUUCUGUCGCCGCUGGGGCUGAAACGUGUAAACCGGGUGUCCAUCGUGAUGGCCUGUCCUUAUCUGUGCGCCUCCCGAGAUGCAGGUCCCUCCGAUGCCUCUUGGGGCUCCGUCGAGCCUAUUUGGUUUGGCCAAUCCUGCUGCUGCUCCUGGUCGGCGCAGCCUUGACCGCUCUGCUGCCCCCUGCUGGGGACCAAGGGGGCAUCGAUGUCCUGGGAGCGCUGCGCAGGGCAACGUCCCGAAAGGAGAGUCCUGCACGGGGCCGCGCAGAGGAGGAGGAGGAGGAAGAGGAGCAGAGGUUCACCAUUGUCAUUCAGACGUACAACCGCACAGACAUUUUGCUCAAACUCCUGAACCACUACCAGGCAGUGCCCCAUCUUCAACAGAUCAUCAUCGUCUGGAACAACAUUGGGAAGCAGACGCCCCUGAAGUUAUGGAAGUCUUUACAGCCUCAUCCGGUCCCCGUGGUCUUCAAGGAGCAGGCGAGCAAUCUGAUGCGCAACAGACUGCAAGCGUUCCCCGAGAUUGAUACUGACGCUGUGUUGAUGCUGGAUGACGACACCCUGCUCAGUGUCCCCGACAUCAGUUUUGCUUUCUCUGUCUGGAAGCAAUUUUCCGACCAGAUUGUCGGGUUCGUCCCACGGAAACAUGUGUCGACGCCGGGAGGCGUGUACAGCUACGGCAGCUUCGAACUGCAGGACCCCGAAACAGCUGGCGGCGACAAAUACUCCAUGGUGUUGAUCGGUGCUGCCUUCUUCCACCGUCGCUACCUGCAGGUCUUCCAGGACCAACCCGCAGCGGUUCAUGCGCUGGUGGAUGAAACGCAGAACUGUGACGACAUUGCCGUCAACUUUGCUGUCGCGCUCUAUUUGAGGGAGCACUCGGCAGGCACCGUCAAGAAACCCUCCGGGGUCUUCGUCAAACCCGUGGACCUCCGCAACCUGGAGAAGGAUGCCAGCAGCGGGUACCAGGGUAUGUGGCAUCGUCCUGAACACCUUCUCCAGAGGUCCUACUGCCUCAACAGGCUGACGCAGAUCUAUGGCGUCAUGCCGCUCCGCUUCUCCAACCUGAUGAUCUCCCAGUUUGGCUUCCCCAGCUACGCCAACCACAAGAGCAGCGCUUGAGGCGCCGCUGACCGACCUCGGGAUGAAAGAAGACACUCGAGUAAGAGUCUGUUUGAUUAACGGCAGCCGUCCAGGUGCAGGAUGAGGUUGCCACGCUGGAUCCCAGCACGUUUAGGAAGCUCAUUUGGCAAAUUAUUUUCUUAUUGCAAUCCUCCCUCCAAAAAACCAGUAGCGAUGUUAGUGUUUGAGCCCACGGUGAAAUACAGCUCACGCUCAGUGUGUUGCUGUUUGUUUUCCAUCAUUCGGAGCAGUGGAACCAUUGCAUCUGCAGGACUCUCGCUGACAAUCAGAAUGUUCCACACCUGGCCAAGUCUGAUGAAACUAUUUGAGCAGGUGCUGUGUAUUGUUACCAAAGCUGCCUUCCCUUCCCGAUGAACAACUCUCCCAGUGGAUUGUAGUUCUUCCGUAGCCAGCAGAUGUCAGUCUUAGAUCUGCUUUGAGAAGGUGCCUGUUUGUCACCAUUCACAGCCUUGACGCUGCGCUCGAUUAAAUUCCAGUUGCAUUACAUUUAUAGUUGUUUAUGGAAAGUGUAACUUUUCUGAUGAGCUUGUGUAUUAGGUUAAGUAAUGUUUAGUCCAAUAAAAAGUCUGCCUGAUGUGUGAAUACAAUGGAAUUAUUGCAGGUGUUAUCAUGCACAAUCCAACAAUCUUAAUGUCCAGUACUAUAAACACGCAUAGACAAUCGUUUUGUUAUGUGUAUGCAGAUAUCAACCUAUUUAGACUGUCAUGUGACUGUUAAAUAAAGCACUUUUCUAUGAUCAGAA